UUGGAUUUUGGGCUUUUGGGAUUUUACAACACUCGUCUAUUACCAUUUAUUAAAAAGAAAGAAAAAUCGGCCAUGGAAAUUUUUUCUGUUUUCAAUAUUCCAAAUAACUAUGGAAGUUUUUCAAGCAACGAUAUCCAAAUAUAUAUAUAUAUAUAUUUCAACAUAUAUAUAUAUAUAAAUUCCAUAAAAAAAAAAAAAAAAUAACUCUCAUUUGUAAAUUAGCCUACUUUUGCAUGUGCCUCUGCAUAUUCUUUUUUACAAGGUAUCAUAUUUAUUCCCAUUUGAAUGUUUGAAGUUUAUAUUCUUGAAUCAAUCACUCAGCAAAGGUAGGAGACAAUAUUCUUCAUUACAGACUCUAAGAUGCACCAAAAACAUAUAAUUCUCUCACUUCACACUCCCAACUUUCAAUUGACUACUCAUGUCUACCAUUUUCGUUUUUUGAAAACCGUUUUCGAAGAAUUAUGAUUGAAUGAUUAUAUAAUAUUUCAUGUCAAUCAUUAUUUACAAACUUACGAUUUUCGAUCGAAGACAGAAAUAACUUCUAUAUAUUAGUUGUCUUCUUUAUAUGAUUUUUUUUUUUUUUUUUUUUUUUGUUCGAAGAAUAGUAAAUUGUUCUGAAAACAUAAGCCAGCUCCAUAUGUUUGUUUUUGCCUUUCUUUCUAAGUGUACUUUCUCUUGCUUGUGGCAUUCAACUACUCCAUUGGCUGCUUUCUCAAGUUUUCUUAUAUUCUUUCUCUUCUUGAUCCAAGAAAGCUUUGAUUCCUGAGUUUAAUGAAUAAAAAUAUUUACAGUGAAAAGAUAAUCACUCCUGUUCAGUACCAGUUAUAGUCUGGCUCUCUCAUUUGAUCUAUUUUUAUUAAAGCUUGCCUUCUCUGUCAUUAUAACUACUAAAUCCAAGAAGAAACUGUCAGCAGCCAACUUAAAGUGAUGGGUUUAAACAUUCUGAGAAAUUUGGCACUAUUUACUCUCUGUUCCUUCUUGCUCUUCUCAGGUUCAAGCUUUGCAGAGAAAUCACCUAUACAAGAAGCAAAUAAAAAAAACAUACCUCUUCAGAAUGAAGAUGACAGAACAAUCUUCUCACCUUCUGUACAUUUCACUCAGUUGGAUGACACUACCAUUGUUAACCCAACAACAACGCCAGGAGGAACUCCAGUUUCACCACCACAGUCUGUGCCAAACUUAGUAGACCCCAAUGUGAAUCCCACCGCAGUGACGGGGAAUUCGGGUGGAGGCUCAUGGUGUAUUGCAAGCUCUGCAGCUUCCCCAACUGCUCUGCAGGUGGCUCUUGACUAUGCCUGUGGCUAUGGCGGUGCAGACUGUUCAGCAAUUCAGCCGGGUGGGAGCUGCUAUGACCCAAACACAGUGAAGGACCAUGCCUCUUAUGCCUUCAAUGACUAUUACCAGAAGAAUCCAGCGGCUACUAGCUGUGUUUUUGGAGGAACAGCACAACUCGUUAGCACAGACCCAAGUAAUGGUAACUGUCACUAUGCAACACCCAGAGCUAUGCCAAGCCCCCCUCCACCAGCAAACCCAAACCCAACACCGCCGGCACCUGUAAUCCCACCACCACCACCUCCAGCCACCACGAUCCCAACAAUGACACCGCCAGACACCACAAACCCGACAUAUACACCCACAGAUCCAUCAAUCUAUGGUGCAGAACCAUCAGGCAUGCCCAGCUCAGCUACUUCAAUAUCAAAACGAUCGGUGCUGCUCUUGACCAUGACUUACUUUCUGGGUUUGCUCAUUGCAAAUCAUCUGUAACCUGAAGGAAUCAUUUCUUCUCUCCACAGAGAGAUGGCAAUUGAUUAUUUGCUGCACAUUUUUGCAUUGUUAGACAUCAAUAUGAUAAAAGAAAGAUUAUAUAGUAA